AGACGCGGCGCGACCAUGUCGUCGGAGCAUCCAACUCCAAGUUCGGAGGGUCAGCGACUCAUGUGCGAGUUUUGCGGCUAUCGGACGGGCAUCCAUUGGAAUCUGCAGGUCCAUCGGCGGCGGCAUACCGGCGAGAAGCCCUUCAGCUGCAACACCUGCCACCAGAGCUUCCCCGCCAGCUACCAGCUGAAAACCCAUCUGGAGCGGCACCUGGACGCCGGGCAACGUCGUCUGAGGCACAUCUGCGCCGACUGCAAUGUGGGCUUCUCCAGUUCCCGGGCCCUAUACCACCAUAGGCCGCUCCACGAGGAUGGGAAACGGUUCAAGUGCUCGCAGUGCGACAAGUCGUUUGCCCAGGCGGCGGGCUACGCCCAGCACAAGCGGAUGCACCGGCAAAGGAAUCAGCGGGCCACGGAACUCAAGUGCUUGGUGGAUCUGAAGAAUGCGCGGGUCAUUGAAGACCCGGCUGACGGUCAGAAGUGA